AUGAUAAAAUUUAUUCCUGUGACAGAAGGCGAUGAUCUCGACCUCAAUGACAACGAGCGCCUUGCGUACAGUCACGUCGAGAACCUUGGGCAUGGUCACAGUGCGAUUGUUGAGAAGAUUCAAGACAUGGCCACAGGAGUAUAUCUUGCACGAAAGACCUUCAGACUACAUCGCCGUCAAGCGCAGCAGAGACAGACAUUCAGAAACGAGAUCGCAAUAAUUCGCCGCUUAGCUGCAAACCACCAUGUCAUUCGCGUCUUCGCUACUUUCACCUCAAAACAAGAGGUUGGCAUAAUACUACAUCCCGUCGCUGAUGGUGGUGACCUUAAAUCAUUUUUACACGAUUGUCAAGAAGUUCCGCAACCCAGCACUGCCCAAAGAGCAAUCCUUCGCUCUGGAUUUGGAUGCCUUUCGGUUGGAUUGGCCUUCAUACACGAGCAAGGUAUCCGGCACAAGGAUAUUAAGCCCGGCAAUAUCCUGAUACACCAAGGGAACAUGAUAUACACCGACUUCGGCUAUUCUUUGAAAUAUGAUAUUGCAGGCAACAGCACCACCUAUGGCAAGCCCGAAAUGUUCACCGCCAAGUACUGUGCACCGGAGGUCAAGAACGAAGAGCGUCGCAACUCAAAAGCAGACGUCUUUUCUCUCGGAUGUGUACUUCUUGAGUUGUUGGCUGUUUAUAGCGACCCUAAUUUGGCCUCUCAAUUUACACCUGACCCAUACCAUGAAAGUAUUGAUGCGAUCCAACGCAAGCUCACCACUCCAUGCGAUGUGUCUUCAUCAGAUUACCCAUGGCUUCGGACCAUUAUCUCCAGCAUGAUAGAUGCAAGUCCAAAUUUGAGACCACGAGCAACCAAUGUCGUCAACCAAAUUCGGGAUAAAGACCAAGAUUACUUUUGUCCAAGCUGUACGAGUUCAAACAAACAACCUUUGACAGGGAGCUCAGGAGGCCUUGGGGAACGUACAGAAUCUACGACCAACUCCAACACAGGUCGUUCAAAUGAUGUAGUCGCCAAAGUUCCUCUAGUUCGCAGAAUUUCAAACAAUGUACCUGUAACAGGGAAUUCAGAAAGCCUUGGAGAGUCAUCAGGAUCUGAUACCGAUUCUAGCACCUCUCAUUCAAGCAUUCCCGAUAUCACGGAAUUUUCACUUGAUAUACCUUCGACAAGAAAUUCGCGCGCCUACAGGAAGCAAUUGGUAACUAUGCCCGAUUCCAUUACAGCUCAUUCAAGCAUUCCAGCCAUCAAUGAUUCAUCGCAAGAACCGGCCAACCCAUUAGUUGCACCGGAUAUCCGUUCGACCAUCCCUAAUUUCAUAGCUGGUACACCUCAUUUUGGCUGGCAUGACUCGAUAGAUCCAUCGUAUCGUAUGAGGACCCACAAGGAGGCUGAACAGUUCUUCCUUCAGGGCAGGGUUUUCUCGCUGCUGGAUCCAUCAGUCGGUUCUGCAAACGCGGCAUCAUCUUCUGAAGAACCCUAUGCAGAAAUCGUUAAAGUUGGAGAGGCCAUCUUCGUCCAGUUGCGGAAUUUCAUUGUUGUUAGAGUAAGAGAAGGCUAUGUUGAAGCAGUGGGGAUUUUCACCUAUAGCAACAAAGGAACAUUGAAUCCAGGCUGCGACGCAAGCAAGCACGCAGUAGUCUACAGCAUGGGAGAAGACCCAGUCGUCUUUGAGGGAGAAGUGGAGAAAGGCCUGGCUAUAUCUCCUUUCCAAGUUGGAAUGGUGAAUCCGAAUGGCGUGCUGCCUCCUGCGUCGCGCAUCCGUUUUGAGACGACUUAUUCUGUAGAAUGCAACAACAGGGUCAAGGACUUAGGUAUUGUCGUACCGAACGAUUUGAGACGUCUAAUUCUUUAUUGGAUAGAUGAGAAUCGGGUGGAUGACGAGGAGGGGCCAGUUCUACCUCCAAGAAAGCCAUCCCAUUCACUUAUUGCUCCAUGGCAUGACGUCGGCGGAAUCUAUUCACCAGGUGAUCCGCCGUACUGGGCACGCCACAACUCCCCACUAUAUCAAGAGGCAUAUGGAAAUCAUGGGAAUCAUACCCCACGAGUCAUGAGUUUAGAUCAUUUCCUUCGGCGACAGCGAAUGGUCGGCAAUGAUCAGUCGGAUUUAGAACGCAACGGCAAGGAGAAUCUUCAUUGCCUACCGCCUGUAACUUUCCCGCAUUCAGAAUCACGGCCAGAGGACCCCCAAUACCAAGUAGGGUACGACUCCCAAGUACCCCAAGAGGUACAACCAGACUAUGGUCAUUUUGGUUAUACUCCACCUGGCUGGACUAGGGCUUCCCCUUUCGUGGAGAAUCGCGAUUAA